AUGCCUGAAAGUCAAGGUCCUGUCGUUAAUUCGGUUGCCAUCAUCUUUGCCGUAAUAUCCUUUUUCGCUAUUGUCCUGCGUAUUUGGGCCCGGGCCUUUAUCGUCAGAUCUCUGGGAGCUGACGACUAUUUAAUAUGCGUGGGAGUGCUGUUAUCGUGGUCAUUCAUCGCCUGCACUAUUGCCUCCGUACAACAUGGCCUCGGUAGCCACUACGUCGACAUCGAGAAACGAGGGACCCAGAACAUGAUUGACUACUCCCAGAUCGUCUGGUUGUCCUCCAUCUUCUACAACGCUUGCCUAGGCUUCAUCAAGAUCUCAGUCCUGGCUCUCUACAUGCGACUAGGUGAUCCAAAGCUGCGAAAGGUUGCUCUUGUCAUGGUCGGCGUCGUUGGCUGUCAGGCUGGCGCAAAUGUGCUGGCUUGCAUCUUUCAAUGUUCUCCUAUUCGUGGGGCAUACGACGUCACAGUUCUUCCCAAAGAUAAGAAAUGUGUCGACAUCAAUGCCUUUUACCUGGCCAACGCAGCUCUAACAUCAAUACUAUUCAGUGCUUGCGUCUCCUCCAUCAUCCGAAUCACAUAUAUCCCCCCGAUGCUCAGCUCCGACGAUCCAACCUGGGUCAUUGCAGGCGCCAUGUACUGGUCCGUCAUCGAAACCAACAUCGGCAUCCUCGCCGCCUCAAUCCCCUCAUACAAAGCCAUUGCGAAACGAUACGCUCCUCGCCUGCUCGGUAGUUCGGGAAUGUCCAGCGAUAAGCUCUCCGGCUUCAAGCCAAUGCCUCUUGGCCCAAUGAGCCGAGAUCGCACUACGCCCUCCACCACAACCAAGAUCGAGUUUGAGAACCGAAUCAAUAGUCGGUUGGAUGACAAUAGCAGCGAGGAAGUGCUUGUCGCAUCCGACGGUCGAAUUGGGGUUAGAACAGAGAUUAUCCAUCACUCUGAAAAUUUUGUAGGGGCUGGGAUAGAUAGUAACAGAACAGGCAAGCAGGGGACAGGAGGUGGUGCAGAGUUCAGUAGGGUAUGA